CGCCGGGCACCAUCAGCUGCACGAAACGCGGUCUAACCAACUGACAGACAAACUAGUUGGCGGUGGUGAGGUCAGUUACAUAAUAUGAUCUCCUCGGUCAUAUUCCAUUUCCUGAACGUUUUUCUCUCAAUUUGCACCGUCACCUCGCUCCUGUCCCGCAGUCCUCCAAUUGCCGUUCUUCAGGCUUGUCUGUACUCUGCCGGAGAUGGAAGCGAUAUAACCAUAGUCAAUAUGCCCGUUAAUCAUGUAUGUCUUUCCUGGACUAGCAUGCUGACUGUUCCGUAGAUAAUGUCCGAAGACGAGGAUGUCCACAGCAUCAUUUCUGGAAAAUCCUUUGCUGAAGGUCAGUCGACCUGUGGCAGCCUGCUCCAGGUGUCGCACCGCAAAGAUCAAAUGUGAUGGGAAGCUACCUGCAUGUUCUGCUUGUGAGAAAGCGGGCAAAGCAAGUAGCUGUUCCGGAGCGACCGAUGAAUUUGCCAAAGGAAAGGAAAGGAGCUAUGUAGCAUCUCUGGAGGGGCAUUGCGAAAGACUCGAAAGGAAGAUUCGUGAGGUCCGUCGUCGUCAGCAGGCUCUGACACAGGAUGGCUCCGAAACUGCCCAGGAAAGUUCCAUCACGUCCAUCUCAGCGGGGGAAUUCAGGGAGAAGGCACGCCGUAAGGAGGUAUCUGAUAUAGAUGACCUUGUUGGAGAUUUUGGGUAUUUAUCUGUCAAUGCCACAUCGAGAGAUUUCAAGGGGAUCACAUCGCGGACUUCAUUUGCGCAGCUCCUUCUCACUGUCGCUAUGGGAGAACCGCUUCCUCGACACCCGUCGAAGACCCUACCGCCUCGCCAUGAAGCCACAGGACUUCUCGAAUUCUACUUCGAUAAUAUAUUCACCCAGCUACCGUUCUUUGCGGAGACAAACUUUUGGACCUCUGUAGAUGCAGUAUACCAGGAAGGUGGCCGUUUUGCGAAGCCCUUCGACCAUUGGAUUGUUCGGAUGGUACUAGCCAUCGCGUCCACUUCGUUUUCGCAGCAACGCGGCGACCAGGAUCAAAAGAGAGCCCUCUCCUUGGUUUCCGCAGCAUUGGAUUAUUCAGAGGAUGUUCUUCACCCGGGAUCAAUACCUGGCAUCCAAGCUAUUCUAUUGCUCGCCCAGUACUCUCUAGUUGACCCCGAGCAUUUUCGCAGCUGGUAUUUGGUCGGAUGCGCUGCUCGAGUCAUGGCGGAUCUUGGGUUGCAUCAGGAUCUACCUUCGGGUGCCAUGGCAAAGGAUCGUUUGGAACUGCGCCGUAAAGUCUUCCAUUGCAUAUACUCCUUAGACAGAUACGUGAGCACAGUGUCACAGCGGGCCUUCACAUUCUCAGACGACUCCGUCAGUGUUCCUCUGCCUCCUAUCACACCUUCAUCUACACAACCGGCCGCCUCGUACCAGAAUCAUGUCUUCCUCAGAAGCACUGAACCGGCGUUCUAUCUAUUCCAGAUACGUCGCAUUCUGUCAUCCGGCUAUCAAGAGAUGUUUUUCAAUAAUCAUAAUCCGUCACCGCAACCACUAGUCCUCACAUGGACAAUAUGUGCGAAGGCUCGCGACUGGUUUAACAAGGCCCCGAAGAAUGCACCACAUUUCUUCACUCUCCUGUAUCGCCUAGAGCUGCUUUAUACCAUUGUCGUGGCAGUUUCCCCAUCUCACCGGGAUCCUUCGAUUUGCGAUUUCAGCAAAACUAUACUCUUCGACCGGGCCAUUGAUUACAUCAGUCAAGUCCAUCAUGUGAUUGGGAACACUGGAUCGUUACCAUUUUUGACGUUCAUCGAUAUUCAGCGAGUCGACUAUGUUGGGCGACGGUUGAUCGAUCUGCUGAGCCAAGACUAUGAGCUGCUUCUCAGCAAUUCUAUCCCCGAACCUCCUCCGGUACCAGCGGGGACUCCAGAACCGCCCUAUCUAGCACCGGAAGACCGCAUCAAUUGUCUUGGCAGAGCAGUGAGGUGUUUCCGCUACAUUCGAGACAUUUUGGAGUUCUCUGUGCGAAAAUGGAAUGCGCAUGAGCUCUUGGAAAGAUUUGAACUAGACUCGACAGUCGUAAGGCGGCGACUCGCAGAGACUCCUGCAGUUUAUAGGGCCCCACCCCAUACAUCCUUUGUCACUGGGGAGAAUAUGCCAUUGAAUAGCUCCUCCGGUGGAUAUUCUGGAUUUGGUCCUGGAAAUAUGACCUCUCGCAGACCUUAUUGAAUCUGCGUCCCCGCCCUAAUGAACGGUCGCCCGACAUACGGAUUGAAUGAGCGCCACGUUAUCUGGCACCGUUCCUUCGGGAGGUGGAAUCUCACACUGAAGUCUGCCAGCAGGUUACACGUUGAGAACGCCUUUGUCAUCAGUUC